UAGCAGAGUACGGAAAGACAUGUACAAUGACACAUUAAAUGGCAGUACAGAGAAAAGGAGUGCAGAAUUGCCUGAUGCUGUGGGACCUAUUGUUCAGUUACAAGAGAAACUUUAUGUGCCUGUAAAAGAAUACCCAGAUUUUAAUUUUGUUGGGAGAAUCCUUGGACCCAGAGGACUUACCGCUAAACAGCUUGAAGCAGAAACUGGAUGUAAAAUAAUGGUCCGAGGCAAAGGCUCAAUGAGAGAUAAAAAGAAGGAGGAGCAAAAUAGAGGCAAACCCAAUUGGGAGCAUCUAAAUGAAGAUUUACAUGUACUAAUCACUGUGGAAGAUGCUCAGAACAGAGCAGAAAUAAAACUGAAGAGAGCAGUUGAAGAAGUGAAGAAACUACUGGUACCUGCAGCAGAAGGAGAAGACAGCCUGAAGAAGAUGCAGCUGAUGGAGCUUGCAAUUCUGAAUGGCACCUACAGAGAUGCCAACAUUAAAUCACCAGCCCUUGCCUUUUCUCUUGCAGCAACAGCCCAGGCUGCUCCAAGGAUCAUAACUGGGCCUGCGCCUGUCCUCCCACCAGCUGCCCUGCGUACUCCUACGCCAGCUGGCCCUACCAUAAUGCCUUUGAUCAGACAAAUACAGACCGCUGUCAUGCCAAACGGAACUCCUCACCCAACUGCUGCAAUAGUCCCUCCAGGGCCCGAGGCUGGGUUGAUCUACACACCCUAUGAAUACCCUUACACGUUGGCACCAGCUACAUCAAUCCUUGAGUACCCUAUUGAACCCAGUGGUGUUUUAGGUGCGGUGGCUACUAAAGUUCGAAGGCACGAUAUGCGUGUCCAUCCUUACCAAAGGAUUGUGACCGCAGACCGAGCCGCCACCGGCAACUAACCUAUGACCUUCUGACCUCUGAACUCUUCACCCAAUGAUGACCUGACCAUGCCUGCCUGCUGAUCAGUUAACUGGUAAUCGCCUUUGCUUGCCUGUCGUCAGUGCAGCGAGCUGAGGCACUUGUCCGUUCGUCUUACCAUCUAACCAAACAAAAGACAAAGAAAUUGUUGUCCUCCAACUCAGCUUUUUUCCCCCCGUUUGGGUGAAAGUGGUUCUAGAACCUGCACUGAAUAGUAGUAAAGCAAUAAGGCCCAAUUCAUCCCACAGCACUGAUCAUCUUUCAAUGUCCCACCCCAAGCGAACGGUAAGAAGGCCUCCUUAAGAAGGGAGACAGAUGGCCCUUAACUACUCAGUGACAGAGGCAGUUACUGUGAGAGACUUCUAGGAACCUUUUCUUCUCAUAGCGAAGUCAAGCUCUCUCUGAAUGUACUGUGUGAUGAUGCAUCAUGCAUGAACCUUUGGUCAGGGAAGUCAUUGGUGAAGUGAUUCAAAAAGUAUUCAAAAUUUGAUAUACUGUUCAGUCACUACAGUGCCCUCAAAGGGCAGAAGUUGCAGCCUUUUUUAUAUUGCCUGCCAAAUUUGAAGUAUUAGAAGAGUGUGCCAUGAGAGAAAAACUUAACAAGGAGUUUUGAAAAGUAAUGCAAAGAACAAAACUGCAACACUAUUUUUUAAAAGAUGGAUAUCUGAGUUAAAAUUACAGAACCUUUAUUUUACACCUCCUUAAAAAAUUUUUUGAGAACAAGGUACAUGCAUUAUGUGUCACAUUACUGGGCAAACUGUUCAAGUAUUUUUUUUAAACCUCCCUGUAUAGAAAAAAUCAUUAAGGAUGUAAAAGCCAUGCUUGCCUAUUUGCUGUAUACAUGUAAUGAAAUUGUAGAUAAAGUGUAGUGCAUUGAAACAAAUGAACAAAAAGUAGAUACUUUUACUAUACAAGGGUGCUGGUGCAGAAAAAAUAUAUAUAUUUUUGGAAAUGUAGCAUUUUAUACUUUCAAGUGUUAUAAAAAAAGAAAAAGAACAAAGAAACCCUUUAUUUCAUUAAAUGAUUUUUUCUGGUGGUUGUCAAGAAACAAAAGACCAAAAGAGCCUUUUUGUCUUUCUUUUUUAUUUUUUAAGUAUUGGAAUAAGUCUAAAGAAAAGAAAGUGCCUUAUUUUCCUUCAUGGUCAUUUAGUCAAGUGUCUUGUAAGAUCAGCUCCUCCCUCAAAAUAAAAGUAAAUGCAUGUUACUCAGUCGCCCAGUAUGUGAAAGAAGAUGAGAGGGGGACAAAUGAGUUGAGGGUUUGUAUUGUAUAAUUUGUGCCACGUUACCUUGAUGCAAAUUUGCCAAAUCUGAUACUGUGAAAAAAAUUUGAAUAACUUUUCUAAUAUCUGACCUAGUAAGUUUUUAAAAACAUAUCAUAAUUGAGUAUUUUUGGUUGUUACAAACUUCAAUGUUAACCUAAAGAAUUCUGAAAAAUUAUGUGAGAUCUGAACACCAGUUUACAGGCAAAAUUAGAGCUUUAUUGUAUUUGGAGAUGAGAGAUGCAUUGGAUUUUUUUCGUAAUGGAGAUAAUAGUCUACUUAGCAAACUUUUUCACAAAAAUGAAAUUUUUUUUGUGACUUUCAUUCUGGAAAAAAUAGUGUUUUUAAAUGACCCAAAUUUAAUGAGACUUGUUUAUAGCAUACAGAUAACUGGCAUAGUCAAAGUCCAUCUUCUGCUGGCUUUAGCAAUCUCCCUCCUUCUUCCCACAUAUGUCCUUUUUGUCACCUUUUUUAACUUCAAAAGAAUGUGAAAAAGUAGCAUCAUUGUGCAUAUGAAUACUGAAUUACAUUUCAGUUUAAGCUUCCAAUUUCUCACGAAGUGCAGUUUUAUAGUUGAAACAAUUUGCAUAUAAAGGCUACAUGUAAACACUUGAGGAAAUCAUUAACUGCUCAGUACCAGACGUGGCAAAUCUCAAGUGACAGUGGACUCCCAGCUCAUCAGCUCGUUCCCUCUUCCAUACCUUCAUGGCUUCAUAGUCAAGGUCAGCAGGAAACUCAGUUGGCACCUUCAUGGUGACCUCUCCAUCAGCUGUCUAUCUCACUUGGAACCGUUUUCAGUUUAUUUACUAUGCAAUAGACAGUUGUUGUUUUAUAUUCAGCUAGUUUUGGUUUAAUGUGCCACUGCUCUUUCUGUUACACAUGCCAUUGUUUUGAUUUAUUUACAAUAUAUGCCUUGCCAUUUUGAUUUUAAUUUUGUUUGGUUGGUUGAAUAAAUUGCGACACUCAAACACUUGAGGUGAUAGUUAAAAAUGAUACCAGUAUUUGAUCCAGCUUCAUCUCAACUAUGUUAAACCUGGACAUUUUAGAUGUUUAUCAAAGGUCUUUUAUGGGGAAGAAAGUAAACGUAUGAAAUAAUAAAAGUGUGACAUGAGUAAUGUCGGCUCUGAACAAACUUUUAAUAACUUAGUUGACAAAAUUUUGGAUCAACUUAAAAGAAGCAUGACUUUUGAAAUCUGAAUGCCUUGGUUCUCAGUAUUAUCAUUCUUUUUGAAUUUAUUUCUUAUUAAAGUAUGUAGUUUUUAAGACUUUUUUCUGACAGUAUUAUGUAAUUUUUAGUGUGGGUAGAUGGGAGUGUCGCUGGUAUAUUAAUGUACAGCUGACAUGUAUUUUUGUCUAUUCUUUAUUAUCUUAGUAGUUUUCAUGCUCUAUAUGUACCAUUACCAACCUAUUGCCUAUGAGAAACAUGUAAGAUAAUGUAUUUACAGCCAUUGUUACAAGUUUAUAAUGUAUUUUUCUAUCUUGUUUUAUAUGUAUGUUAUAUAACAUUCAAAAAGAAUUUUUUUCUUGAUUGAGAAAAGGAUACAAAAUGCAAAAUCCACAAUUUUGAUAACUGAAAAUUGCCAAUUGUUUUGCAGUACUUUAUUAUAUUGGGUGUCUUGUCUUUCUUGGGCUUUUAGUUAGCUGAUGAAUGAAUACAUUAAUUAGACACUUUUGGGUUUUAGUUGGGAUUUUACAUAGCUUGCAUUUUAAUUCUUUGGUUCUUUGCUGUUUCUAUUAACCCAUAGCAUUAUUUUAAUAAAUGUUAUAAUACCAACCUACUAA